GGAGAUACGCCUAGAGCCUUUGAGGGAGUGACUACACACCUGGCUUAGAAGUGUCAAGUAUAGCCACGUCAAGUACGUAUGCAGCUGGAGAAGUUGAAGUUCCUCGGCUGAACUCUAAAAUGGAGACCUUGCGGAUCGUUGAGUACUACACAGCGGCAUUGGUGUGGUGUGGGGUGUAUGGCAUCGCCUUUAAGUAUCUCAGUCCGCGGCUGUCUCUGUGUCUGUCCAAAACCUACAGACAGCUGACGCCUGGACAGAGGCUUGACUGGAACAUCAGGACAAGUUCAAUGCUGAACUCACUGAUCACUGGACCCCUUUCCGUCUACCUUAUCAUCAGUGACUAUGAACUCGGCGAGAACCCAAUAUGGGGUCACUCUCGAGGAGCUCUCCACCUGCUGGCUGUGAUGGUUGGCUUCACUAUGACAGACAUGUUGAACAUGCUGUACUACUACUCCUACUGGAAGUACAUGGGUGGGCUGGAAUACACCGUCUACAUAGCACAUCAUGUGGUGGUACUGGUGGCGUACAUGUCUUGUCUGACAAUCGGUAACUUACCUUACUUCGCCGUCUUCCGCCUCACCUGCGAGAACUCGACGCUGUUCGUCAACACCAAGUGGCUGUUGGAGACAAAGGGUGUCAGUAAGUCCUCCAAGCCGUACAUUGUGAACGGCCUGGCUCUGGCCCUGUCCUGGUUCGUGUUCCGGAUCGCGGUGAUCCCGCCGUACUGGUACAUGGUGUAUCAGGUGUACGGUACGGAACAGUACAACCGGCUGCACGCGCUCAACAGGUACAUCUGGAUCGUCGCCUGCGUGGUGCUGGAGGUCCUCAACAUCCAGUGGUUCAGCAGGAUCGUCAAGGGCGCCAAAAAAGUCUUACAGAAAGCGAAGUCGAAUCAAGCAGAGAGCUAAUAGAAAAGAUCUCAGACAUUGGGAAAGAACGCUCUGUCAAAAUCAUGUUUGUAUUUUACACACGCAUAAACACAGAGAGAGAGAGAGAAAGCGAGAGAAAGAGAUAGAAAGAGAUAGAGAGACAUAUAUAACGUUAAAUACAAAAUAAUAUAUACAUACAUACAUAUGUAUAUAUUCUCCUAGUGAUUAAACUUUCACAGCAUUGAUACUAAAUUUACAAUAACAUUCCUAGGAACUAAAGUAUAUGACAGGAGCAUGUACAAGUGUUAAUAAUGAAAAGAUAUAGGUUCCAAGUGGGGGAAAUACAGGUAUUGUACAUAGACCUUGGAAACUGCUGGCAAGAGGGCGAUAACAUGUAGUUGAUAACACGGAGUUGAAAACAUUUUAUAAUGAAGCGGAUGGAUUUAGCUUCAGUCUUUACGAUGGAUCCGGAGAGUACGGCUGGACUUUGUUGUGUCUGUAUUAAUUGUUGUGCUGAUUUUACACACAGAUGUGCCAUCAGUUGCAUGGAAUGAAUAAAAGUCGCAUCGAUAGCACGAAAACCUUGUUGGUUUCUUGUUAGUUGUGUUCGUUAGACUAGACAGCUAGUAUCAGAGCAUCUACACUGUUCUGUUUUAAUUCAAUCCUUCCUUAACAUCUCCCAAG